AUGGAGCAUGCGCGGCCUCCACCAGAGUUGUGCCUGGAGGGUGGCCCUGCCGCGCGCGCCGAGGCAUGGCGCCGGUGGUAUACACAAUUCCAAGUAUUCCUGAAGGCUUCAGGUGUCUAUAAGGAGACAAGUGAUGUGCAAGCCAGUUUGCUGGUAAACCUAAUAGGGUCGGAAGGUCUUAAUGUGUAUUUGACCUUCAGAUUUACAAAAGAUGAGAACCGCGAUGACUUGCAAACCUUAGUAGACAAAUUUAACGAUCACUUUGGGACCAAACAGAAUGAAACGAUGGCACGAUUCAAGUUUUUCUCUAGGAACCAGGAAAGUGGUGAAUCUAUAGACGAGUACGUAACGGCACUGAAAAUACUUGCCCAGCAGUGCGAGUUCAAGGACCUCGAGGAGAGCCUAAUGCGUGAUCGCAUAGUGUGCGGUGUUGCCAGUAGCAAAGUACGCGACCGCUUGCUUAGGGCGGAGGAUCUAACUUUGGAAAAGGCGGUAAAGAUAACUCAGGCGAAUGAGAUGUCAAGUGAAGAAAAGCGCCAAAUCGAAGGCUCUAAGGUUGCCGUGGCAGCGUCAUCGUCGGCAGUGGAUGUACUGUAUGGAACCUCUGGACAGUUUGCUGGGGGUGGCCGCGGCAGGCGCCGUUGGCGGGGACGCGGCGGCCGGCGCGGUGGUGGCGCGACGGCGCGCGACGGCGCCGCCGCCGGCCCGAGCGCGCCGGAUCGCUCCUGCGCUGCCUGCGCGAGUACCUAUUGCGACGGAGGUCAGCGGUGUCCAGCGAGAGGUGCAAAGUGUUUAUUGUGCGGUGGUGCAGGUCAUUUUAAGGUAAAGUGCCCAUUUAGAAGACCAAACAAAGUGUAUCAAAUUGAAGAAGAGGACGGCUACAGUGACGACGACGAACUGUACUUCAUCGAUGGGGUCGAUGAUGUGGACUCUGAUUAUCGCAAAGACCGCAAAAAAUGGUAUGAAACUUUACUAGUUAGUGAUAAUCGUAGGGCCGAGACUUUUAAGCUUGAUACUGGCUCGGAUUUAAACGUUUUAUCAAUGAAAAAUUUCAAAAAAUUGGGUCUUGACAGUAGUACUCUUAUAACACCUGAUAAUAUUAGGGCCGAAUCAUAUUGCGGAAAUUAUGUACCUAUGAUCGGUUCGUGUAUUAUUAAUUGGUUAUAUAAAGAACGUUUAUAUCCGUUGCGGUUUGUUAUAUCUCGAGACGAUAGAAAGAGUGUUUUGGGCAAAUAUGCUUGUGAGGACUUAGGCCUGGUCAAACGCAUAUAUUCGCUUACCUUAGAUCAUUAUGAGGAUCUCUUUCAUGGCCUGGGUAAAUUGCCGGGUGAGUAUACUAUUAGUAUCGAGGAAGGAGCGCAACCGUCAGUCUGUCCGGUUCGCAAGAUACCUAUGGGCGUGCGCGACAAAUUACAGGGUGAAUUAGAUCGCAUGGUUAAAAUGGGGGUCAUUAGAAAAGUGUCCCACCCCACACCGUGGGUCAAUGCGAUUGUAGUGGCCGCGAAAAAAGAUGGCAGUAUACGCGUGUGCCUCGACCCGCGGCCGCUAAAUCGCGUUGUGCGCCGCGCUCGCUACCCCCUCCCCGCGCUCGGUGAAAUAGCCACAAAGCUACAGGGAGCGCGAUAUUUUAGCAAACUUGAUGCUCGUUCAGGUUUUUGGAUGGUACAAAUAGACGAUGCCAGUGCCGACCUAUGUACAUUUGGGACACCGUUCGGUAGGUACCAAUUCUUACGCCUCCCAUAUGGUAUAAACUGUGCGUCUGAGGUAUUCCAUUCUAAGGUUCGUCAAAUUUUGGAAGAUCUGGAGGGAGUAGAGUCCUUCGUCGAUGAUAUUAUAGUCUGGGGACGUACCUUAGAGGAACACGAUGCAAGAUUAAAGUCGUUGCUAGACAGAUCGCGCGAGGUAGGCAUUAAAUUUAAUAAACAGAAGUGCGAAUUUAGAGUUCAAAAGAUUACUUAUCUAGGUCACACGUUUAGUCAUGAGGGUAUGCGCGUUGAUUCUGAGAAGGUUAAGGCUAUCGAGAAGAUGCCUUCUCCACACGACCGAGCGUCUCUGGAAAGGUUUUUAGGUAUGGUGAAUUACUUAUCGAAAUUCAUACCUAACUACUCGGAAGUGGCGUCACCUUUACGAGCCCUGUUAAAAAAAGACACGGAAUGGUGCUGGGAGCCCGAGCACGAGGCAGCCGCCGGACAGCUGCGGGCAUUGGUGAGCGGCGCGCCUGUGCUGGCCCUGUACGCACCGCGCGCUCCAGUGCUGGUCUCGGUAGAUGCUAGUCAGCACGCGUUGGGCGCUGUGAUCCUUCAAGCGGGUCGGCCCGUUGAGUUUGCCUCUGCCACGCUAACAGAUGCACAGACCAGGUAUGCACAAAUUGAAAAGGAGCUUCUUGCCAUUGUCUUCGGACUGGAGCGUUUCCAUCAAUACGUGUACGCUCAUGGUGACGUCACAAUCGAAACGGAUCACAAACCACUGGAGGCAUUGUUUUCAAAACCUUUAGAUGCUGUGCCAGCGCGUUUGCAGAGGAUGAUGCUUCGCAUACAGGGUUAUGAUUUCAAGGUCGUGUAUAAGCCAGGUAAAUAUAUGUUUGUCGCAGAUACAUUGUCUCGAGCGCCCCUCCCGGAUAACAUCAGUGACAAAGUAUCCGAAGAAAUAAACGACCAGUCAUGUUUCUUAUUGGAAAAUGUCAGAUUCAGUGACGGUAAGUUACGUACUAUCAGACAAGUGACUACAGACGAUGAUGAGUGUCAGUUAAUAAUUAAAUAUAUACAGUCAGGUUGGCCGCACAGUAAAUAUGAAGUCAACGAAAAAGUGCGAGGACACUGGUCGUUGCGAAAUAGUUUCGAAUAUGUGGAUGGUAUAAUUUUCAAGGACAAUUUAGUUUACAUCCCCAAGGCGUUGAGGGCAGAAAUGAUAAGUCGCGUGCACGACGGACACAUGGGCAUCGAUCGUUGUAAGCGGCACGCGCGUGACGUCAUGUUCUGGCCGGGAAUGAGUCGAGACGUGGAGCGCCGCGUGCGCCGCUGUGGGGCAUGCGCCGCGCGCGCGCCGAGGGCCCAGCGGGAACCCAUGCUGCCGCAUGACAUACCUGAUUUACCGUGGAUAAAAGUAGGUUCCGAUAUUUUUCAAUAUGGCUCUAAAUAUUUUCUUAUACUGGUUGAUUACUUUUCUAAUUUCAUCGAAGUAAGUCAAAUCAAAAACAUAGGAAGUAGGGCAGUCAUAGAAGCCAUGAAAGAUCAGUUCGCAAGACACGGCAUUCCUUGGGUAUUAGUUACAGAUAACGGACCUGCUUACGCAUCCAAAGAGUUCGCGGAUUUUAAAAAAGAAUGGGAGUUCGAUCAUAUUACGACAUCUCCCCAUUAUGCUCAAUCGAACGGUCGUAGCGAAAAAAGCGUGAGAACUAUUAAGGACAUUCUCAUAAAAUCUAUAAAUUCUGGUACUGACUUUUACUUAGGACUUUUAAACUUCCGAACCACACCCCGCGACAAUUUAAGUUCGCCAUCUCAGUUACUAAUGGGACGCACGCUCAAUACAAGAUUACCGUCUCACGAGAGCAAACUUCGGCCGAGCCGAGAUAACAGCCGUGACUACGAGAAUAUGGUACGUAACCAACAAACUAGUAAGCAACACUACGACCAACGAGCACGUGCGCUGCCUGAACUACAGCCGGGUGACCGGGUGCUGGUGGUGGACAGGCAACGCAGGAGACAAGCCCGUGUCGAGUCUCGAGCAAAUCAACCUCGUUCCUACUUCGUGACUGAUCGUUCCGACAGGCGGAUCAGACGAAACAGGCGCCAUUUAAUAAAACUUGAGCGAUGUUCACCCGUGGAUGACAGCAACGUUGCUGACAAAUUACCGAGUGACGACGAAGCCUGGUCGAGUGCCGACAGCGACAGCCUGCCGUCGCCUGACGGAGCUGGUGCUGCUCCUUGUCCUGCGCCUAACUCGCAACCACAUACGGAAAAAUCUCGCGAACCUAGACAGGCGGCGAUUAAGGCACGCAUUAAUAUGAAAAACUAUAUCUAA